CCCCAACACCCGGACAGCAGCACCAGAACGCCGCAAACUAACCGCCACCAAGCCGCCUCCAAAAAGAGCCAAUUUCUUUAUUAAAGACGUUUUUAAUCCUACCUUCGAGCAUUUGAAGAAAUUGUAAAGCCCACACACAUAGCAAAACCGACCAUGGGCAUCCACCACAAAGCGGAGAAGAAGCGAAAACGAGCUUCUGAAAAGCCCGACCGACCCAGCAAGAAACCUGCUCUUGCGGCGCCUGUUGUCCCCGCGGUCAAGGUUCAGUUUGUGCAGAAUACGAAUGGGGCGGUGCCUGUUAUAGCCUCUACACCGGGUAUCAGCAGCAUCCCCAGCUCCAUCCCCCUAACCGCAUAUUCAAGGCCGCGCCAAAACCGACAAAAGCACAAGACAACUACAAACACAACCCUGUCAACUUCCGAAAUCCUCUUGCAGUCAUCCGCACACCCAAGGAUAGACUUCCUUGGCAAAGAGGGCGAGAAUGAGCUGGAUACUCUCUGGAACCACUAUGUGGCAGUCUAUGACCCGGACGCGGGCAAGCUGGAGCUCGUGGAGGCUAGAAAGAUGACGGUGCGCGGGUGUGUGAGGCGCGUGGCUAGGAAGGCUAUUAAUGAUGGGGAGAGUGAUGGGGAUGUUGUUACGAAAUCAAACUGGGCCCAACGCACCGCCCUCACCGAAGCCUUCGGCACCAAACAGUCCCGCAAAGCCAUCCAAUCCAUCGCAGAGAACGCCCUCCUCUCCAACGCCCCCGCCGGCUCCGGCCCCACCCCCGCAGAAUCCGCCCUCCUCUCCUCAAUCCCCAAGGAACACACCUCCACCUCCGUCUCCGGCUCCCCACAAAAGUCCGCCCAGUCCGAAAUCCAAGCCGCAAAACCCCUCCCGCAACCAAACCUCUCCGCCACGCACCCGUCGCAGGUCUACGCGAUCGACACCUUGGUGCCCAACGGCCUCUCAACCCUGCGCACCAUGCCCGUCCACGAGUGGCAGGCCGCCAUUGGCGCGGGGGAGCCGGUGCUUUCCUCCUCGCGCUUCGUGGCGCAUCGGGUCAACCACGUCGUGCGGUCGGGCGAUGUGACGCAGCUGCAAUUGCUGCGCUACAUCAUGAUCCUGAUCGAGCUGUCGCGGUCGCUGAAGCCGAGUCGCGGGGCCGGGUCGGCAGCGGUAGCGGCGGGGAGCAAGAAACUGCCGCCCCGCGAGGAUCUGCGGCGCAUACUUUCUUCCUCCUCCUCUUCCUCCUCCUCCUCCGCCGCCGUGACAAACAAACAAACCCACCUCCCAGACUCCUUCCUCGACGCGCUCCGCCGCAAAUUCGUCCCCCAACGCACCUUCCUCUCCAAAACAGACAUCACCUUCCUCCACACAACCAUUUGCGCGCUCUCCUUGCACAUCCCGCCCGAAGCAGGGUUUGCGCCCAACGAACUGGCCACGGACCCGGCGGAUCUGCGCGAUGAUCUGAGCCUCGAGUACCAGACCAUCCAGCAGUAUUUUAGGGAGCUGGGGUGCAAGGUGGAGAAGCCGAGGGAGAGCGAGUUUGCGAAGUGGGGGGUUAGGAGUAAGGUUGAGGCGGGGGCGAGGCGGAUUGCGAGGUUGAGGGUUCCGGUGGAGUUUCCGAAGGUUAGUAGGGGGGGGAGGAGGUGAGGUUUUGGUGGGAAGGGUUUUUUUCUUUAUUUUUUUGUUUUUUUUAGGGGGAGAAAGGGGAGGGAGUUUGUUCUGUAUUCAUUCAGAACUUCUUGUGGUUUGAAUGGAUAGUUAGUCGGGUUGCGUAUUCUGUGAUGCCUGUUUUUCUUUUAUCUUUUCUUUUCUUUUCUUUUUUUUAAAUUUU